AUGUCUCGAGAUUUGAAUUUUUUGUUUUUGUUUUUUCCUCCCCCAGCAUUGUUGACCGGUACGCUCAGGACGUACCACAGGGUGGGCUGCGAGACCCAAUCGUUGGCGCUGACCUGCCCAACCGGGACGAUCAUCUCGGUGCAGUCGGCCCAGUACACGCCGGGUUCGUUGGCGUUGCCCUGCUCCGACACCAGACUUGCCGCCAAUCUCAACAACAGCUGCAGCUGGCCUCAGGCCUUACAGUAUUCGCUGCUGCAGACUGUGGUAGAGGCGUGUCAGAAAAAACAGCAAUGCAGAGUUCAGCCAUCUGUGGGCAAAUACGAUCCUUGUCCAGGCCACCCAAAGUUCAUUCAAGUCGAUUAUAAAUGUCGACCAUUCGAGUUCAGGAGCAAAGUGGCAUGCGAAAACGAGGUGGUCAACUUGCAGUGCAAUCCGAAUUCCCGACUAGCAAUGUUCUCGGCCAGCUACGGACGGACAGAGUACGAGAGUAUCCAGUGUCCGCAACCACAGGGCGUUCCAGAAGAGACGUGCCUGGUGAGUUACGCGACGGAGACUGUGAUGACUGUGUGCCACGGCAAGAGAAAUUGCAGACUGGCGGCGGAUGCGGCAACGUUUGGCAACCCUUGCAAACCAGCUUCGAGGAUGUACUUGAAAGUCGUUUACAACUGCGUGCCCAGGAGAGUGUUAAAAGAACAAUUCGAAGAGCCUGCUCAUUCCGACGAACCGACUGUAAUGGAACUGGACUACUUUGACAACCCCGGUGUGGCCCCCAUACAGCCAUUCGAAUCCUUAUCCCCCCCAGCCAACGACCCCAGGACUAGGUACAACGAGUCGGCUGCCGAUCCCGUCGGGCACGGAAAUUCAUCUAGUUCGUCACUGGGUACGAUAUCUCGGCAUACGUAUCAACAGUCCACGACACAGAAUCCGGUACAAAAUAUUACCACAACGAACACUGCCGGUCCAAAUAGCGUCUUAGCUAACAUCGUUACUUUUGGUUACGUUUCUUACAGGAUUGUGUACAAAAAACAAGACAAGUUUUACUUAUACUUGGGCGGUGGACUGAUUGGCGGCCUGCUGUCUGUACUGUGUGUCGUGGCGGCCAAAUUCGUCUGGCAGCGUUCCAGGAGACAUUUGGACAACAAACAUAAGUCCGAUAACGCCAGCCAUGACAUGUCAAUCGACCCAAACGCAUUUGGCGAUAACAUUAGCGAAGUAGACGCCGAUAUCGAUCUAACGGAUAUUACGCAAUUUCCCAUCACCGUUAUACCCACACAACAGUUAUCGCCCAGCGAAGUGGUGAGAUAUGGAAACGAAGGUAUCGCGCCCAAAAGUCUGUGUAGAAAUGACAGCUCGCAAUAUUAUUAUGGAUGA